AGGAAUGAGGUGUGUCACACUCACAACCGUUCAGGUAAAACAUUUCCCUGAGUCUCUGAAGAGGAAGUGACUCUGUUUACUUGUUGUGAUUGAUUCAGUCUAGAAAAACUGAUUUUGAAGAAUCCAACCAGUGAUCCAAGACUCAGCAGGAGUGAAGUCACUGUUUCAGGAGGAUUUAGGAGAAUGACAGUGGAGUGACAUUAGACAGAAGAACCUCACACGGUGGGAAAACAUUUCUUCAUCUAACAGAGCGGUUUAAAAGAGAACUACUUUUAUCUGAAGAGACUUCCUGUUCAGCCGUAAAAUGUUCAGACUGAAGUUGGAUUAACGAUCAAACUUCAAACCUUUGGUCAGAGUUCAGUCUGAUCAACAGACUGCAGAGGAAAACGUCUCAACUUAUUUAGUUUGGAGGAAACUUGCUGAAGGAUGAGCUCAAGGCGGAAAAGAAGUGAUAGCAUGGAACAUCCACCUGAGUUCUCUGAUCAGCCACCAGAGGUGGUUAAAGAGGAGCUUUUAAAGACACUGGAGGAGUUGGAAGAUGAAGAGUUUGAUCAGUUCAAGUGGAUUCUGCAGAAGCCAGAAAUCUUAGAGGGUUUCUCAGUCAUCCCUAAGAGACGUCUGGACAAAGCAAACAGACAGGAAACAGUAGAUCAGGUGGUGCAGAACUACAACCAACAGUCUGUGGAGGUGAUGAAGAAAGUUUUAAAGAAGAUGAACAGGAAUGAUCUGGUGAAGUUUUUGAGCUGCAACACAGGAGCUCAAGUGUCUCCACAGCAAACCACAUCACACCAAACAAGUCUCCAGUCUGACCCACAGAACAGGAUCCGUAACAAAUUCAAGGACAUCAUCUCUAAAAGUUCUCUGAUCAGUUUAGGAUCUCCUGCUCUCUACCAGCUGAGACCAAAGAAAGAGGAGAUUGGAACUCUGACCAGAAUGACUGUUGGAGAAAGAAAUGUGAUGAAGAUCAACAAAACCAUCUUACUUGUUGGUGAAACAGGAACAGGAAAAUCUACUCUGGUUAAUGCUCUGUUCAACUACAGCAUGGGAGUGAAGUUUGAAGACGACAUCUGGUUUCAGAUCGUAGAAGACGAGAAGAGACGUCAGUAUGAAAGUCAGACACCAGAUGUGAUCGUGUACGAGAUCUUUGGUUUUGAAGAUCAAACUCUGCCCUACUCUCUGACCAUCAUUGAUACUCCUGGAUAUGGAGACACCAGAGGAAUCGAACACGAUGUCAUCAUCAGUCAAAGGUUGUUGGACCUGUUCAGCUCAGAUGAUGGAGUACAUGAAAUGAAUGCAGUGGGUCUGGUGAUGAAGGCGACUGAUAAUCGACUGAGUGACCGACAGACAUACAUCUUCAAUUCAGUGGUGUCUUUGUUUGGAAAAAACCUGGAGAAGAACAUCAUAGCUCUCAUCACACACUCAGAUGGAGUGACACCUGAAGAUGCUCUUAAAGCUCUGGAAGCUGCAAAAAUUAAAUGUGCCAGAAAUGAGAAGAAUCAGCCUGUUCACUUCCUGUUUGAUAACUGUCAGACCAAACAGAGAACAGAGGAAACUGAUAUGGUUUUAAAGAAUGCAUGGAAAGUGACAGGUAGGGGAAUGAGUCAGUUUACAGACUUUCUGGAAAAAUCUGGACCCCAGAAACUGAUGAAAACAGUUGAAGUGUUGAAUUCACGAAUCAGACUGACAGCCUGCAUCAACAACCUGCAAGACAGAAUCAAGUUGAUUGAACUGAGACAGACAGAGAUCACACAAACUCAAGAAGCUCUGAAAAAACAUGAAGAAGAGAUGAAGAAGAAUGAAGAAUUCACUGUAGAAGUUGAUGUGGUCUACAAAGAUAAAGAACCCAUCAGUGGUGGGGGUUGGUUGUUUUAUGAAGGAGCUGUGACCUGUAAAGUCUGUGAAGAGAACUGUCACUAUCCUGGAUGUACAAAGGCCUGGUAUCCUGAACACUGUGAGGUGAUAAAAGGAGGCCACUGUACUGUUUGUACCAGGAAGUGUCCUGUAUCAGAUCAUGUGAAAGAACAGAAGAUCUAUGUCAACAAGACCAGGAGAGUUAAGAUGACUUUUAAUGAAAUGAAAGAGAAGUAUGAAAAGAAUAAAGCUGAAUGUGAGAAGAAGUCGAGCCUCUUGGAAAAUCUGGAAAAGGAAAUGAAAGACCUGACAGCAGAGAAGACUCAGCUCCCUGAAGAGUCCUACCAACAUGUUGUCAGUCUGGAGCAGAUCGCCCUGAAUGUGGAUUCAGUGUCCACUCAUGUCCACUUGGACUUCCUGAUUGAGAAGAUGAAGGAGAAAGGAGACACAGAGAAGGUCCAGAAACUGGAGGAGAUGAAGAGGAGACAGGACGAAGGAACCAGAGCAGGACUGAGGUACAUGUUUGGAAAACUGGCAGCUGGUAAACCAGUUAAAGAAACAGUGAAGUAGGUGAAGAACCUCAUUCUGACCUUUCAUUGGUCGAUGCUCUUUAAACAUCAACAUGUUAUUGCAUAAAAAGUGUAAUAUUGAUUUAAUAACUACAUUACUAAAAAGACGUGCAGUUGUAGAUGAAGAAUUCAGAUCAGGACUUCUUGGUUUCUUUUUGUAAAAACACCACAGUUGGCCUCGCAUCUUAGCUCAAUGAUCCAGAAAGAGACAACCAACCACACUUUCACAUGAUCCUGUGUGAAGGUGCCACGCUGCCAUAUUUAGUGUGAAUGCAGCCUAAACUCAGCCCCUCAGUCAAACACACACAGACCUGUAACUCUUUCCACAUGACACCGCCAAGUGUGAAGGUAGGGUUUUCUGCCCUCACACCUUGCACACUGUGAUUGACUGGAGGUUCCUGAGUCACUGCAGAUAAAUACACAACCACACACUUCUACUGGGGCCAAUCCUGCAAAUUAUACCGUUAGGUAAAAGUAACAAUAGAAAAAUAGCAAAAUACUCCAUUACCUGUAAACAUCCUGUGAUACAACAAUACAAAGGUACAGAAGUCUUAUCAGUAAGAAGAGUUUUCAAUUCACCUCUGCUGGUGUCAUAAUACUAAUCACGUUACUGGAUUAUUUUUCCUGUUGUAGCUGUUUGAGCUGAUUUUAACUACUGUACACAUUGUGAGGUAGUUGUAUGUUUAUGAAAAUGCAUUUUCUUUUUUUAAGUUCAUUAUUUGUUAUGUCUUUAAAACUUUUAAUUGUAAUGUAGCUAGUAACUACAGAUGUUAGUUGUAGUGGAGUAAAGAGUAGCAUAAAAUAAAGUACCUACAAUUUGACUUUGAGUAAAUGCACUCUGCUACUUUGUGCAGACUGUUGCGUGGACUUCAGUAAUCUGAUUACAGCUCUCAACAGUAAUCUGAUUACAGUAAACUCUCUGCAGUAAUGUGAUUACAGUCAGAUCUCUGUAGUAAUCUGAUUACAGUAAACUCUCUGCAGUAAUCUGAUUACAGUCAGCUCUCUGCAGUAAUCUGAUUACAUUCAGCUCUCUGCAGUAAUCUGAUUACAUUCAGCUCUCUGCAGUAAUCUGAUUACAGUCAGAUCUCUGUAGUAAUCUGAUUACAGUCAGAUCUCUGUAGUAAUCUGAUUACAUUCAGCUCUCUGCAGUAAUCUGAUUACAGUCAGCUCUCUGCAGUAAUCUGAUUACAGUCAGAUCUCUGUAGUAAUCUGAUUACAGUCAGCUCUCUGCAGUAAUCUGAGAAAUCUGGUUUUCCAGCUACAUUUCAGCUGCAGAACAAAGUUUUCUUGCUCAUAUAUGAGGAUAAUUACCUUUCUAAUAAUCUUCAACAUGUACAGGACAAAGACUUCAAACAGGGACAGAUACAGUAAGUCUUCAUUACUCUGACUGAUGUGUCCUCAUGUUUAAAAUGGCUCCACCCAAAGUCUGAAACUAAGAGUCUGAAUAAGUCAGAUUCCAGGACAUUUAAAAUAAUGAAUCCAUGUUUCGAAAAUAGAUCAGGGACAGAAAUGUGAUCACUGACCUGCUGCAUGUAGAACAAGCCUGGUUUGUUGAGAGCAUAUAAACACACUGACUGAUGAACACACAGCUCACUGUCUCCCAGGACUAAACAUCAGACUCUUACAGCAGCCUUCAACACUCACUGUAACAACUGUCAGUUAAAGCUGGUGAAAUACAGUCGAAAGCUCCACAACAAGGGAGUAAGUGGAGCUUGAGUUGAGCUUGUUUUUGUCAGACUGAACCAUCAAGUACAGCAGGUGUGUAGAAGUACUCAGUGUACUGUGUUAAUAUGCAGAGUGUAACUAACAGUUCUGCUGUUAAAUGGAGUGAGGACGUCCCCUGGUGUUUAAUGUUCAGUACAACAGUGUGUGACAGCAGCCCCCUCCCUCCCUGAUAUCACAGUCAGACUGUGUUGAACAUUUAUUUCUCUGUGUUUUCUCAGUGUUGAAUGUUGUUCUAAUGUUUUCAAUAGUGAUAUAAGUAAUAUAAACCUUGUUUUCUUCAUUUAUAUAAAUGUAGAUCAGUUAAUGAAAAUACAGCAUGAAAUAUGUUGGUUAUCCAUAAUAAUGUUAAUCCAUAAAAACUAACCACGCACAGUAUAAUAUAAAAUGUUAAUGGAAAAUAUUUCCAAUGUUGACAAAGAAUCUUUAAAUAAAUAAAGUUUUAUUUCUGUCUUUACCACAAA